CCCUGCAGUCUGUGGAUUUUAAGUCCGAGCGCAAGAAGCGAUUGUCGCGAUGUCUGCGACUUGUCUUUGCCAAUGACCCACGUCUGAGGUGAAAAGCGGAAUAUUUGUGAGCCGUGUAUUUUGGGGGGAGCUGCAGGUAGCGGACAUGGCAAAUUGGUCAGCUGCCUUGGUCGGACUUCUCCUCUCCUCUGCGACCAUCGCCGCGGUCGCGGGCCACACUGUCAGGGGACUUCACUUCAAGCCCACAGUUGGCACCAUCCAGCUCACAGAGGGCCACGAGGCCAGAUUCAACUGCUCCAUUGACAUUCCUGACUCCAGGGUGGAGGCCAUCACCUGGGUGAAGGACGACCAGGACUUGGCCACCAACACGCAGGUGAAUGAGCUGCAUACUGUCACUGAUGGGGUGACCACCCUCCUCUCCACCGUCAGAAUAAUUCAGGUGCAGCAGAUGGAUGCCGGGGAGUAUCGGUGCCGACUCACCAUCGGCAACACCACCGUGGAGUCCCAACCAAUCGUCAUUGAAGUCCAAGGGCUUCCCACAUUCACCCAACAACCAGAAGACAGGAAUGUGACCAGAGACACUCCCUUCACACUCUUCUGUGCAGCAGUUGGACCUCCAGACCCGGUUAAAAUCCGCUGGCUUAAAGAUGGGUCACCAUACAGCCAGUUUUACAACUCUCCCAGCAACUUCACCGUGACAGGUGUGGACAAGUACGCUCAGUUCAGUUGUGAGGCCUACAACGCAAAAGGGGUCACCACCUCCAGAGAAGCUCACGUCCACAUCAAAGUGCUUCCCAGUCCGGUGUCUGAUGUUGCUGUAACAGAGAGGCAAUCCAGUAAACUACUGCUGAGCUGGACACCUGGUCACGACGGCUACUCACCACUGACCUGGUGUCAAAUCAGGGUCAAAGAGGUGAGUCGGAGGAUCGGCGAGGUGACGAACACCAGGUUCGUGAACGCCACAGUGCCGCCGUUCCUGUCGGAGAUCCCGGGACUCCAGGCCAUGACGUGUUACAACAUGAGCGUUUCCUGUAGCAAUGAAGUCGGGGCCUCCCCGGCGUCCGGUUGGAUCCAGAGCAACACGACCGAAGGAGUGCCCUCAGUUUACCCCCGAAAUGUGACGGUCCAGCGAAAUGAAUCUUGGCUGUUAAUCAGGUGGAAACCUCCACCAGAGGACAAGAUAAACGGCGUCCUGCAGGGAUAUGAUGUCAUCAUCAGACACGGGACCCAAGUCAACAAGAUCCACCGCACCACCAACACGGCGUCCGUGGCUCUGCAGGAUUUCAACACCACCUACACCGUGCAGGUGGCCGCGUGCACACGGGCUGGCAGCGGCAUGGUCAGCCCACCGGUCUCGCUAUUCGUCCCGGAAGACAGAUCUCUUCCAUCGCCUUCGUCCAGCCCUGACACUGGGAUUCCAGACGCCGUCAAUGUGGUUUUGGGAGUGAUUUGUGGCAUCUGUCUGCUGCUGAUGGUCCUCUGGGGUGCUAUCUGCGUACACAACAGGACCUCUGGAUCCUGGUUUUGGCGCAUUUUUGGAAGCCCGGAUAAACUCCAACCAGUGGUGCAGUACAGCGCACAGAGAUCCUACAAUCGAUCUGCAGUGGCAGUAACUCUCGGACAUCUCGGGAUCUGCGAUGAGCUCCAGGCUAAACUUCAGGAUGUGAUGGUCAUGAGGAGCUUGCUGUCCAUUGGAAAGGUCCUCGGAGAAGGUGAGUUUGGCUCGGUGGUGGAGGGACAACUGCAGCAGCCGGGUGGAACCACGGAAAAGGUUGCCGUGAAGACGAUGAAAAUGGACAGCUUUUCUCAGCGAGAGAUCGAGGAGUUCUUAAAUGAGGCGGCGUGCAUGAAAGACUUCAACCAUCCCAAUGUCAUCAGGCUGCUGGGUGUGUGUCUGGAGGUGGGACCUGGAAACUGCCCGAAGCCAAUGGUCAUCCUGCCGUUUAUGAAAUACGGAGAUCUACACAGCUUCCUGCUGCGCUCACGUUUGGGAGAAAGUCAGAUUUUCCUACCCACCCAGACUCUGCUGAAGUUCAUGGUGGACAUCGCCAUGGGGAUGGAGUACCUCAGCGGUCGCAACUUUCUGCAUCGAGACCUGGCCGCUCGCAACUGCAUGCUCCGGGAUGACAUGACGGUGUGUGUGGCAGACUUCGGAUUAUCCAAGAAGAUUUACAGUGGGGAUUAUUACCGACAAGGCAGGAUAGCAAAAAUGCCUGUGAAAUGGAUCGCUGUGGAGAGUCUGGCGGACCGAGUGUUUACUGUCAAGAGUGAUGUGUGGGCGUUCGGCGUGACCAUGUGGGAGAUUGCUACACGAGGCAUGACGCCAUACCCUGGCAUCCAAAACCAUGAAAUUUACGACUACCUGCUGGAAGGACACAGACUGAAGCAACCUCCAGACUGUUUGGAUGAACUGUACCAGAUCAUGUUCAGCUGCUGGAGGCCUGAUCCUCUGGACCGCCCUCUCUUCCCACAACUGCGAAUACUGUUGGAAAAGCUGACAGAAAAGUUGCCAGAGACUUGCAAUAAAGAUGAUGUCAUCUAUAUCAACACCAGCUUCCCUGAAGAGGAUCCGGACGGUGAUGCUAUUUCUCCUCUGUCCACCUCUUCGCCCUCCUGCAGCCACCAAGCAGCUGCUAAUUCAGUGGUGACUGCAGACGUUCAUGGAAGCAUGGAGGACGAGGAAAACCACGAUCGCUACGUUGUUGUUGUGCCGUCAGAUCCGUCGAUGAGAUCUGUAGGGAUGGACACCCCACUUUUAUCUAGGGAUAGAUUUGGUCAUACAAAUGGAGACAUGGUGACAGACGGAGUCGACCACAGCUCAAGUGACACGUCACACCUGCUGUAGAAAGCGGUACUAGAACUUCAUCUGCUUCAAGUGUACUUUCUCACAGGAAAUGACAACGCAUUUUCCAGUUUUGAUGCAGUCAUUUUUGUAAAUCAUGAAGUAUCUGACUUGUGUUCUUGUUGAUAUAAGCUUAAGUCGCAGAACUGUGAAAAUAUGUUUGGUUUGGAUUAUGGUGUAAAUAUCGCGAAUAUAUGUACAGAACACUUUAGCAAUGCAAAAUAAAUAUUUGGAGAUUUGUUUUAUGCUUUGAAAACAACAAUAUGUUUCACUCUGUUGACUCUUGUACUUGCGUAACCUCUGGAAUGUCCCCGAUGUUUUUCCCUUUUUUGUUCUUAGUUGUGCAAAUAGUAAAUAUUCCGGCAUGAAAUAGAAGAUUUCUCUUCUCUGUUACAACAUUACCUGUCGUUGUUCCUGGCCAUUAACUUGAGAUUUGAGUAUGAAAUCUUAUUUUUGUUCCCUUACCAAUACUGCAAGGGUUUUACAUUCAGGCAAAUGGCACUUUCUGAUGUCACAUUGUGUGGUCAAUUCAGCAUUUAUGUAAUGCAACAGUUUGUGGAAAGUAUCAACAGCUUUACUUGAACUCACCAUAUAUUAACAGUCUCUUUAAAUUGUGUUGCAGGAAAUAAAUGAUAAAGCCAUUAAAUGCACAUUAAUAAUAGCC